AUGUAAGAUGGAGUUGAUUUUAUAGGUUUGGAUGGUCUAUUGGAUUUUAGGAUGGUGACGAUUGAUCAAAUGGAAUAGGGAAUUCAAUUAGAAAUACUUGAAAUAACUCAUAAUUAUAUUGAUAAUAAAUUAUUAAUAAAAGGAAUGAUUCUCAUUUUAUUUUACUUUUUUAUAACUACUUUAGGAUAAUAAACGAUAAAUAUCAACUAGGAUUACUUGCAAAAUGGAGAAUUAUUUGAAUUGGAAAGUUCUCAAUUAUAUGAUGUGAUAUAGGAAAUAGAAAAUGGAACAAUGUUCUUUUAAGUUACAUCUGUUGACACUUAGAAAUAUAUUUAAGUAGAGUUGUAUAUCACAGCUCCUGGAGAUGGUGAAGUCAACUUGGUAUUUGCUAUAAGUAAAAACAAUCUUACUACAAUCUAAAACAAAACAAUAAGUGCGGCAUAUAUAGAUGCUAAUGGUUAUUCUCUAAAAAAGAAUUAUCACAACAUAAUAAUACCAGCUAAUUCAUUUAGAUCAGGUGAUAAAUUUUAUAUAACUAAUUUAAAAAUGGAGAAUGAAACAACUUAUUAAUAUUUUAUUGGAAUAAAGAAGAGUGAUACUAUUCCAUGUCCUAAAAAUUGCAAUUACCCUUUAAAUGGCUUCUGUAAUUCAGGUACAUGUGAUUGCAAUUAAGACAGUAUCGAUUUGGAUUGUUCCAAAAAGGCAAUAAAAAUACCAGAAGAUAUAAAGUUGGAAAACGUCACAAUAAGUGGAACAGGAUAUCUUUACUUUGAAUAAACAAUACAAUUAGAAGGUAUUAUAUUAGAAGUAGGAAUUUAAAAUACGCUAAUUUCAGAUUAUUCUUCAAUCAUUGUAUAUCUCAUGUAUGAAAACUUUAAAUUUGGAGUACCCACUCCAAAUAUAAAUAAUUAUAAGACCUCAUUUUCUUCAGAUUAAAAAUCUAAAUACGCCAAUGUUCCUCUUUCUGAAUUGAAUAAGAAUCCAGAUUUAAAUAGGUUUGAGCGUCUUUUAAUAACAAUUGUAGCUCCCGAUACCUGCCAAUUUUAUUUUAAUAUCAGUAUUCCACCCGAUGAUUCAUCGUUGAAUACAAACUUAAUGCUGAUUUACUUCUUAGUUUCUCUAGCUGUGGUCUUAGUGCUUACUUGGAUUAUAGUUACAUUAAUAAGAUAUAGACAGAGGAAUAGAGUUUAAAAUGAGAUUCAGUUAAAUUAAUAAUAAUUAUCAUAAUAACAAAGGAGAGGAUAAAAGAAUGGCAUAAAUUCAUAAUAGCUUGAUCAUUAUAUGAGGAAGAUUCUAUGGAAGAAUUUAAGUCAUCAUCCAAAGAUUAAGGAGAGGAGGAUAGACCCUAAGCAAUUUGAAGCUUGCACUGUUUGCUUAAUAGAAUAUGAUGAAGGGGCAAUUUGUAGAGUAACUCCUUGUGUUCAUGUAUUCCAUGCCGAUUGUUUGCAUUAAUGGAUGGUGGAGAAGAAGCAUGAGACUUGCCCGAUGUGUAGAGAGGAUUUGAACGAGUAAGCAUUAGAAAAGUUUGCAGAAUAAGAGAAGCCUAAUAAUCCAGAAAAUUAAGUCUUAAAAAAGGGGGAAUACAAAUAGUAAAAUUAAAAUGGAUUGAUGGUUAUCUAAGAAAGAAAUGAAUGA